GCAUGCAUGAAUGUUUCUUGGCGCCUUCUCCGGACAACCAUAGAAAACAAAAGAACACCACCACCGCCCUCUACCGAUCUUUCCAGCUUCAAUCUCGGAAUCAAAACAAACCACAGUUCAGACAAUUAAACAGCCACAUGAACGAGUAAGUGAUGGAGGUUGACAGUUCCAACAAGAAGAAACGCCUCCCUCCCUAUCUAUACGACAGAGCAGGUCGCAAGAUUCGUGUGAUCACGUCUCCGCGCAACAUCCGCAUUCAGGAUGCCAAUAACGGAACGGGAAAAAACGCCCCCAAUGUGGACCAUGCUUCGAAACCAAGCAGUCCCAAUUCCAAUCAGGAGAUGACCGAAAGUUGCGUAGACUUACGUGCUCGGAUUGAACAGGUCCGCACCGACAUUCGAAAGUGUGAGGAAGAGGAGGAGAAGACUCGGAACACGGCCUCCACAUCAUGGAAUCGAGCGAUCGAUUUCCCGACACCAAAUGAAGCUUUGCUGGGGAUGCGUAAGCUUUUGACGACUCUAGAGGAACAAUUGCAUCAGCAGCAGCAAACAAAUGUAUCAAGAGUAACGGCGCCUGCAGGCCCAUCUGUCCAGACCUCCCCACUGAAAUCCAUAGAGUUCAAUAAAAGCAUCGCUUUCCAAGUGACCAAGACUCCAAACAAAUAUUCCAAAUCCACAAUGAAAACCCAUUUGUGGACAUCGGAUGGGAAGCGAAUCCGGAUCGUUUCCAAAAACAUCCGGAUAGUGGACAAAUCUGCGGCGAGUGAAUCUUAAGAAACCGCCGCGAUGCCUUGCAAGUUCUCGGGAUAAGGGAAAUUGGAUCCCAUAUUUUCAUCAAUCCAUCAAUGCCCCAACCUCGUUUCAAGAAGCUUUCGAAGGAAAUCUAAUCGGGAAAGUGAUGCGAGACUUGGUUUAUUCGUUUUUUUGACCGGUUUGGGUGAGAGUGUCCGUAAUUCGGUCACGUGCUAGACAAUUGGUUCGAUCUCAUUGCCUUCUUUGUGAUGCCAUGCCCUUCUCAACCAUCAGCCAUGUGCUAGUCUCAAAGCCCAAUCUGAAGCAAGGCUUUUUUCUAUUUGAUCUUGAGUUACCAAACGAAAGCUGGCAAGUAAAUUCGUUGCUUAGUUCAAUCUCGAAUAAACUCAAAAAUGACA